UGAUUUACUAAUCUUAAAUUUUUAUACGAUUUAUAAUAUUUAUAUAAUAGCGAGUAUAAUAGUGAAUACUGAAUUUAUUCAACAAUAUUAAUAGGUUGAGUUUAUUUUACCUACUCAUUGUAAAUUAUAAUAAUGUAGUGUUUAAUUUAUAGUCAGUUACAGACUACAGUAAAAAUGUUUUAAUGUUCUAAAUAUAAUCACAUUUACAAAAGCUGAACACUAUGGUGUACAGUGCAGGGGAAAUAGAAAAUGUCCGGGUCGCGGUACGUUUGCGACCUUUAAGCAAAAAAGAGAAAUCUGCAGAUGCACAACCUGUGGUUGUGGCCGAUUCUGAGAAUGCAGCUGUUUUUGUUAAAAAUCCAAACCCAUCACAUGUUGGUCCUCCAAAGACUUUCAUGUUCGAUUUAGUAUUUGAUUCUGAUUCUAAACAAUUGGAUGUGUAUAAUGAAGUGGCGCGACCAAUUGUUGACAAAGUUUUUGAUGGCUUCAAUGGAACAAUAUUUGCUUAUGGACAGACUGGUACUGGCAAGACAUUUACAAUGGAAGGAUCUCUUUUAUCUCCAGAGCUUAACGGAAUAAUUCCUAACUCAUUUGCUCAUAUUUUUGGCCAUAUUGCUAAAGCAAAGGAAGAUAUAAAGUUUUUGGUUAGCGUUUCUUACUUUGAAAUCUACAAUGAAGGUGUUUAUGAUUUGUUGAGUAAACAUGUAUCUACUGAAUUGGAAGUAAAAGAAAGACCAGAUGUUGGUGUGUACGUGAAAGAUUUAUCAACAUAUGUAGUAAAUAAUGCAGAUGACAUGCACCAAUUGUUGAUGACUGGAAACAAAAAUCGUGCCACUGCCGCGACAGCUAUGAAUUCUGAAAGUUCUCGAUCACAUGCGAUAUUUUCAAUUACCAUUGAAACUAGCCGACCUGAUGUUACUGGCGAGUACCAUGUCAAAGUUGGCCGACUUCGAUUAGUUGACUUGGCAGGUUCAGAGCGACAAUCAAAAACAGGUGCUCUUGGUAUAAGAUUUAAAGAGGCAACUAAAAUUAAUUUAUCUUUAUCAACUCUUGGAAAUGUAAUUUCUGCGUUGGUUGAUGGAAAGUCUACUCACAUUCCCUAUCGAAAUUCAAAACUCACACGAAUAUUACAAGAUUCUUUGGGAGGAAACUCAAAAACAGUUAUGUGUGCCACUGUGGGACCAGCCAGUUUCAACUAUGAUGAAACUAUUAGCACUUUACGAUAUGCUAACCGAGCCAAGAAUAUUCAAAAUACAUCCAAGGCUAACGAAGAUCCAAAGGAAGCAUUGCUCAGACAAUUUCAAAUGGAAAUUGAAGCUUUGAAAAAGCAAAUAGAUGAUAGCAGUAAGGGUCUUAGUGAAGCAGAUGAUGAUGGCGAGGAGGAAGGAGAAGAAGGACUGGUUGUUGGAGCUUCUGAAGAAGUAGCUAAUGCAGUCCAGAGUAAACGUGAAGAAUUGGAUGCAGCGCGCCAAGAAAUGAUUAGGUUAAAGGAGAAAUUGGAAAACAUGGAGAAAAAAAUAAUUGUUGGUGGUGAGAAUCUAUUAGAAAAGUCUGUGGCACAAGAGAAGUUGUUAGAAGAUUCAGCAAAAGAACUAUUAGAUAGAAAAUCUAGACAGAUGAACUUAAAUAUGCGUUUACAAGAAGUGCAAGCUGAAAAAAUGGACACUGAAGAUAAAUACAGUGGCUUGCAAGAGAGAUCAGGAGCAUUAACUAAGAAAUUAAAGAAAUUAUCUGCAGCUAUUUUAGCUGUUAAAGAAGAUCUUAAAGAUACUGAAGAUGAAGGCAAAAGAGAAAUAGUGGAAUUAAAACAGAUUUUAAAGCAGACUUCUAAGGAAUUAAAAAUGCAAGAAGUCAUUAUUGAGCAUUUUGUCCCUGAUGAUUAUUUAGAACUUAUUAAAAAGAAUUCAUUUUGGAAUGAAGAAAUUGGAGAAUGGGAAUUAAGAUGUGUAGCAUAUACUGGCAACAAUAUGGCAAAAGAGUUGCCUAAUGACGAAGAAAUUACUUUUGAGACUCGCAGACCAGAUUUUUCACAUGUUUAUCUGACUUAUAAAGACAAAGUACAGACAAGAUCAAAAUCAAGAACUGGAAAACGAACUUAAUUUUUUUUUCUUGAAAAUAUAUUAAUUUUUUAUGUUAAGGAAA